AUGGUAUGUUGUUAAAAGAGAUAUAGAGAAUUCAAUUCAAUUGUUUCAGAAAUUGAGAGUUUCCGCGGACUAUUUACUAACUUAUUCAACAGUCAAGAUCAGGGUAUGUUUAAACAAAUAAACCAACCACCUGAAAUACUAACAAAUACUCAGAGUCGCCGUUGCUGAUGAAUCCCUUACUGCAUUCAAUGAUUUAAAAUUGGGUAAAAAAUAUAAAUUUAUUUUAUUUUCAUUAAAUGAUUCAAAAACUGAAAUUAUAGUUGAAUCAACAUCAACAGAUCAAGAUUACGAUUCAUUUUUAGAAAAAUUACCAGAAAAUGAAUGUAAAUAUGCUGUUUAUGAUUUUGAAUAUGAAAUUGGUGGUGGUGAAGGUAAAAGAUCAAAAAUUGUAUUUUUUACAUGGUCACCAGAUACAGCACCAGUUAGAGCAAAAAUGGUUUAUGCAUCAUCAAAAGAUUCAUUAAGAAGAGCAUUAAACGGAGUUGCUGCUGAUAUUCAAGGUACUGAUUUUUCAGAAGUUGCUUAUGAUACUGUUUUAGAAAAAGUUAGUAGAGGAGCAGGUUCUCAUUAA